AGAGAGAGGAGAACAGAGAGAAACAGAGUACAACAAGACACAAAAUUUGAAAACCAAAGCACAAGUUUUAAGAAAACACAAAAAAGAAAAAACUCUGGUUUUGUGAGAAACAUCAAACAUGGGAGAAGUUAUUUUGUUGGUUGAUAAUUUGAAAUCAAUUUCUGGAUUUUCUCGUUGUAGAAUAUGUCAUGAAGAAGAAUUUGAAAGCUUCAAAAGCUUAGAAGCUCCUUGUGCUUGUUCUGGUACUGUUAAGUUUGCUCAUAGAGAUUGCAUUCAAACAUGGUGUAAUGAGAAAGGAAACACAACUUGUGAAAUUUGUUUACAGCAAUAUGAACCUGGAUAUACAGCACCGCCACCAAAAAAACCUCAAAAAUCUGACGAAGCAAUGACCAUUGGCAUUAGAGAUAGCCUUGAAAUAUCAUCAAGGAGGGAGGAAGAAGGUUUAAACAGAAGAAUAGUAAUAACAAGACAACAAAAUAAUUACUCAGAAUGUAACUAUGCUGCUGAUAGAAGCGCGUCUUGUUGUCGAUCCCUGGCUUUAGCGUUUACUCUCAUAUUACUUUUAAGACAUCUUUUUGCUUUGCUUACAAAUGGAAUGGAAGAUUAUCCAUUUACAAUUCUUACGAUCUUUAUGCUAAGGGCCAGUGGAAUUAUUAUACCUAUGUGCAUAAUUAUUAGGACUAUGGGUGCCAUUCAUAAAAGUAUUCAGCGUCAUUAUCAACAGGAUUCUGAGGAUGACUCAUCAACGUCUGAUGGAGAUGAUGAAGAAAAUGAGACAUCACAUAUUGCAAUUAUAAGACAUUCACAUUAUUAGUCAUAUCAUAUGAUGUAUAGUUUUUUUUUUUGUUUUUUUAUUUUUUUAAUUUGUGUUUAAGAGCGUUGUGCUGAUGCUGUGUCAAAUUCCAACGUUUUUAUUAUAAAUUAUUAAGAAAAUGAAAGGAAUGGAAUUUACAUUGAAAAUGCAUGUUGAUCCCUUGGUGUAUCAAAUGAUAAUGUCUCUCCCAUCAACCAAAGUAGAAUGAACAACCAACUUUAUCUUAUAA